CCUGAUACAGGAAGCAGGAGCCGCUAACCAGCUAAGUGUCAACAAACUAAAGGCACAAUUGUCGGAAAUUCGAAUAUCCAUGUCGAGGUCGGCGUCAUUGCCGACCUUGUGCUCCUCCAUCGAAAUUGUACUACUUCACAUCGCCAGCUGAUCUAUAAAGAUGGCGACGACCGCUCAGCUUUUCGAGGAGCCCUUUGAUGCGGAUGAGUACAUUGAAAGAUUGGCCUGGAGGACUCCUGGGGGAGGCUCCAAAGGAGGUGCUGAAGCAUUCGACCCCAAACGGUUGUUGGAGGAGUUUGAGAACCACAUUGAGGAGCUGAAGCAACUGGACGAGAAGAUACAGCGGCGGGUUGAGAAGUUGGAGCAUCAAUGCCAUCGUGAAGCUAAGGAAUUUGCCCACAAAGUGCAGGACCUGCAGAGGAGCAACCAGGUGGCCUUCCAGCAUUUUCAGGAGCUCGAUGAGCAUAUCAGUUAUGUGGCGACCAAAGUGUGUCACCUGGGUGAUCAGCUCGAAGGUGUGAACACUCCACGACAACGCGCCGUAGAAGCUCAGCGUCUGAUGACCUACUUCAACGAGUUCUUGGAUGGGGAUUUGCGUAGCGAUGUCUUCAAUAACCCAGACAAGAUUAAAGAGGCUGCUGAUAUCAUUCAGAAGCUGCAUCUCAUUGCCCAGGAGCUGCCAUUUGACAGAUUUUCAGAUGUCAAAGCCAAAAUUGCAAGUAAGUACCAUGACCUGGAGCGUCAGCUAAUUCAGGAGUUCACUGCUGCCCAGCGCAGGGGAGAGAUUGGACGUAUGCGGGAGGUGGCAGCCGUUCUCCUGCAUUUCAAGGGCUAUGCUCACUGUGUAGAUGUGUACAUCAAACAGUGCCAGGAAGGUGCUUACAUGAGGAAUGAUGUGUUUGAAGACACAGCAGUCCUCUGCCAAAGGGUCAACAAGCAGGUGGGCGAGGUCUUCAGCAGCCCAGAGACUGUCAUGGCCAAACUGAUCCAGAACAUCUUUGAAAACAAGUUACAGGCCCAUGUGAGGGAAAAACUGGAUGACACACGGCACUCUGACGUGGAACAGUACCUCAAGAACCUCUAUGACCUUUACACAAAAACCACAGUGCUGGCCACUAAGCUCAGCGAGUUCAACCUGGGCUCUGACAAGCACACUUUCCUGUCCAAGCUCAUAAAAAGCAUCUUCUCCUCCUACCUGGAAAGCUACAUUGACAUGGAGAAGGACUACCUUCGCACUCGCGGCGCCAUGAUUCUCCAGCGCUACUACGACUCCAAGAACCACCAGAAACGUCCGAUUGGCACCGGCAGUAUCCAAGAACUGAAGGAGCGGAUCAGACAACGCACUAAUCUACCACUAGGCCCUAGUAUUGACACCCAUGGGGAGACAUUUCUGUCUCCAGAAUUGGUGGUCAACCUGCUGCAGGAAACACGGCAUGCCUUUGAGAGAUGCCACAGGCUUUCAGAUCCUGCCGACCUGCCUAAGAAUGCCUUCUUAAUCUUCCUGUUGCUGGUCGAGCAUCUGUGUGUGGAGCACAUUGACUAUGCUUUGGAAAUUGGUCUCUCAGCAAUUCCCUCCUCAGAUGCCAAGAACGCCAACUUGUACUUCCUGGAUGUGGUCCAACAGGCAAACUCUAUAUUUCACUUGUUUGACAAGCAGUUCAAUGACCAGCUUAUGCCUCUAAUAAGUUCAUCUCCAAAGUUGGCCGAGUGUUUGCACAAGAAGAAAGAAGUGAUUGAACAGAUGGAGGUGAAACUGGACACAGGAAUAGACAGAACGCUAAACUGCAUGGUGGGACAAAUGAAGCACAUCUUGGCAACAGAACAGAAGAAGACUGACUUCAAGCCAGAGGAUGAGAACAACGUCAUGAUCCAGUACACUGCAGCCUGUGCCAAGGUCUGUGCCUACGUCAGUCGGCAGGUGGAACACGUGCGCAAGUCUAUGGAUGGCAAGAAUGUGGACACGGUGCUGACAGAGUUGGGUGUUCGCUUCCACCGCCUCAUUCACGAGCACCUGCAGCAGUACAGCUACAGCUCCAUGGGAGGCAUGCUGGCCAUCUGCGACGUGGCUGAAUACCGACGAUGCGCCAAGGACUUCAGGGUGCCUCUGGUGCUGCAGCUUUUCGACACCCUGCACGCCCUGUGUAACCUCCUGGUCGUCGCCCCUGACAACAUGAAGCAGGUGUGUUCAGGCGAGCAGUUGACCAAUCUAGACCGCAACCUCCUGCACGCCUUCGUCCAGCUCAGAGUGGACUACCGUUCAGCCCGACUUGGCCGCCACUUCAGCUAAUGACUGGGUCAACACUUGACAAAUGCCCUCCGUCCAGUACCGCAGUCCGCCGCCAUGCUUCAAUGAGUUGCUGCACUUUGAUAGAGACACCUCUGCAUUAGAGGAUGCAAAAGUCCGCCUUGACAGACUCUCUUCGCGAUGGCUACUGUUCCUUGAAUGUGGGAUAAUGUGCAUUUCACCUCUUUCUUAAAACGUGUAUAAAUUGAAUAUUUGUUUUUAAAUACCCAUUCACAUGUUUAGAUUUCUUCAUAAAUGGACAUUGAUUUUGUCAGCUUAUGUACAACAAAAACAUUAUGUUUGAUCGUGCCACCUAUAUAAAUCCUCUGGCUGCUCUUGUGCACCCAGAAUAAACCCUCAAGCUGCUGUAAAAGGGAGACAAGUAAAGUCUUGAGUCAGCCUGAGAAGCAUGCGAUAGAGCUCUGUCUGGAUAAAAAAGACACAUGACCACUUCGCUGACCAUUGACCUCUGAGCACAAAGCAAAUGUCAAGAGGCCACUGCAGUGAAGUGAGAUUCAAACUCGAAACAGGUCUGAGAACCUCUUCAGAGGUUUGGGUGGUCCUUUGUUGGCUCAGAUGACUGCUGCGAUGGGUCACUGAGUAUGUGCCACUGUAAUUGCACAGAUCAACACUUGCUCAAAGACGUUCCUGACUAGAUGCGCACAGUUUCUGGGUCAGGGGAGAUUGAAAUAUUGACCUUUUUUGAUUAAAGAAACACCAGGGAGGACCUCUUCACACAGGGCUUUAAUGGUGGUUCCUGUCUUUUUUGCACUAAAAGAGGAGGUAGAUGAUGCCUGCUGCCUGGAAAUGUCUUCUCCACAAAGCUGCUCCCGAUGUACUGCUGUUUGCCUUAACCAGAGACUCAUUAAACAAAAAAGAUACAUUUUAUCAUUGUCCUUAUCCUCAAGGAGAUGAGCCACGAUGCCAAGUUGGUCUUGCACUUUAUUAUGGGCGAAUGUCACUUUCAAAGUGAGUUGAAACCCUCUCUUUUUCUAUAGAAGUCAUCAAGUAUUCAUGGAAAUUCUUGCCACCAGAGUAAAGUUCUUUCUUCGACUUGGGGAAGUGAGCGGCGCCAGAGGGGAUUAGAUAUCUCUGGCUUGAUGAAUUGUGUGCAGUAGUCAUGGACGGGAGGGAGAUAGAGACGCCUGAGAGCUCGGUUCCAGCUCCGGCUGGUUGGCGUUGUGUAGAAGGUACACACAGAGACGAGCGUGUUCAAACAACAUAAUUAAUUAGGCUAAUAUUAAUAUUAUCAAUGCCACAUAAAUUAAAUUCUCUCUGCCCUAAUCACAACUGGAUAGCUUGUAAAAAAUAUUUUGUUAGGCCCUGAUGCAAACAACGGGUCUCUUCCAAACAUUUGAAAACUAUUUGUUUUUUGGGGGGCGAUUAGUGUGUGCGAUGCAGGAUGUGGAUGGGGGAGAGAUGCCAGGCCUGUGGUGAUAACCUGUGCGGAGACCAAGCAAGGCAGAGGUGCGGCCUGUC